CCCUCUGACUGACAAUAGAAGCUAAAGUCUUUAUUGCCUGUCUCCCGAAGGUUUCUCGUUCCAUCUCUGACCCCCCUGGUCAACCCUUUCUUUCUGCCGUCAUGUCCGUCGACAAAAGCAUCACCCGCAACGGUUUUUGCUCCUCAAAUGGCCGGUUCUGCACCGUGCGCGGUAGCAUGGAACGGAUCGACGGCCGGUCUCUUCGACGCAUGUUCUUGCCCAAACUCACAUCAGAAGGCCAGAGAGCGCUGCGUAACCACCCCGACUUCGUCCGCGAUCAGCUACAACACUAUGCGGUAGAAUUUCACCCACGCCAUUUCUCCGGAAAUGGAACCCUGCUCCUGAAGCAAGUCCUUGAGGCGGGGAAAUGCGACACAGUUCCUAGGCACAUUUUGGCGCUGCAGGACCAGCUACACCGCGAAUGGUUGAACACGCGCACGCCAGAGCAACUGUCCGGCAAUCCCGAAUGGGUGAUGGACAAGUACUUCCUGCGUGCUAGCGACCGACGACCAGACCGCAAGAGAACGACCACAGUCGUCGGGAUCCCACUUCCUCGCUUCAGCCAAUAUCAAGCUAAGCAGAUGCGAGACGCUGCUAGUAAGGUUGCAGGCUUACAUCACGAGACGGGUGUGGGGACAGAUUCGCAAACCAUCUUCAUGGGGUGGGACGCGGCGGCAGUGGGGAGAGCAGCGAGGGCAUAUGCUACCAAGGAGAAGAAGGGCUUUCAAGUCGAGGCAAAGAAACAAGAGUGCGAGCGCCCAAAAAUGAAAGCAGACUACUUCCAUCUGCCAAAACAAAGGGCUAACACCGCGUCGAGGAAACUUCCGAUGGACUGUGAUGAUAUGGACGCAUAUUUAGCUCUGAAGCGUGAUCUACAUCUCGAUAUCCACGACACCAACGAACCAGGCGUUUUCCAGGCAUGUUUCAACUUCGAGGCUUUCGAGGGUGUCAUGUUGUACGAUCCGGACGACGAAUACGUGGGGUAUGAAAGGCCCAACACCGGAUACAAGAGAAAGGCACUCGCUCCGCAAAGCAGCAGCGGCCCAAAGAAAGCCAGAGCAGGAAACUCCCAAUCCCACACCUAUCACUCGAAGCUCAGAUGUCGUGAAACCAACACGGGUCGGAUUUACUCGUCAGCGUAUGAUGGCUAUAUCAAUUUCAAAGAUGGGAACUUCGCCAGCUUUGUGGGAGAGGCCGAGUUUCCUGUCCUCGGUCCAAAAGUACCCUUUUUUGCGCGGAAGAUAUCGGAUGCGCCGUGUGCGUAUAGGAAGGAAUGGGCUGAUUAUUCGGAGGCACUGUACGAGCGGGAACGAGUUAGAAGAUGGUACUGAAUCUGGGCUCUGGGGACAGUUGUCAGAAGCAUGUGAGGGAUAGCUAUGUACGGUCUAGCUUGAGCUGCAAAGUCUUGGAUGUUGUGGAUGCCUGG